UUCCGGUUAGGUUUGUUGGCCAUGGCUGCUUGGAGGAGCCUAGCGGGCGUGCAGAGGUUGCUGGGGUUACCGAGGCGGGCGGCCCGCGCGGCCUCCUCCGGGGGAGCCGCCAGCUCUGCCGCUCUCCAGGUGCCCCCAAGGGCGAGCCCGGCGGCGUUGACGCCUGCGCACGCUGAAGAGGAGGAUGAGGAGGUUUCUGUUUAUGUUAAGAAUCCAGACUGGCACGGCUUUGACACCGAUCCGGUCGUCGACCUGUGGAACAUGCGCUUGGUUUUCUUCUUCGGCUUCUCCAUUACCAUCGUAGUGGGCACCGCCUUCGUACACUAUCUGCCUGAGCGCGGGCUAGUGGGGUGGUCUCGGCGGGAAGCCGAACGGCAGAUAAAAUACCGGGAAGCACACGGGCUGCCCCUCCUCGACCCCAACUACUACGACCCCAGCAAGAUCGUGCUGCCUCCGGAGGACGAAGAAUGAGCCUGUUUGUGUCUGUAUACCGAGAAUAAACCUUCUGGGUUACCUA